CCCCAGGCUGACGGCACCAGCGUCCUCGAUGCCCCCAUGACUAUCGCCGCCGGCGAGACCUUCGAUGGUAAGAACGUCAUGUUCGACCGCGGUGUUUCCUGCACUGGUCAGGACGAGGGUGGUGACUCUGACGCCGUCUUCAUCCUUGAGGCUGGCGCUUCGCUGUCCAACGUCAUCAUCGGCCCCAACCAGAUUGAGGGUGUCCACUGCAACGGUGGCUGCACUCUCACCAACGUCUGGUGGGACGCUGUCUGCGAGGAUGCCUUCAGCAUCAAGAAGCAGGCUGAUGGCGAGACCACCACCAUCAACGGCGGUGGUGCCAAGGGCGCUGAGGACAAGGUUAUCCAGCACAACGGUGGCGGUACCGUCGUCAUCAACGACUUCACCGUCUCCGACUUUGGCAAGCUCUACCGCAGCUGCGGUAACUGCAAGGAGAUGCCCGCCCGCCACGUCAAGGUCUCUGGCGGCUCUGCCAGCGAGGGCAAGGUCCUUGUCGGCAUCAACCCCAACAUGGGUGACACUGCCAGCAUCUCCGGCAUUAGCGUGACCAACGUUAAGGAGCAGUGUGUCGCCUUCAAUGGUGUCACUGAUGGCAGCGAGCCCGAGAAGGUUGGCAGCUGUGACGCCGAU